AUGGACUCAAGGUCUUUUACACAACAGGUCACAGAAACAGUUCAUGAAUCGACCGUAUCUGAUGUUGAUACAACAAACGGAUCGACGGCAACACGACAUAAAAAUCAAGUCAGUCUCACAGAUCGCAGUGUAGUUCAAAAAGUAGCGAUUAUCGGGGGUGGAGUAAGUGGUCUUAUUGCUAUCAAGUGUUGUUUGGAGGAGGGACUAAUUCCUGUUUGUUAUGAAAUGACUGAUGAUAUUGGCGGUCUGUGGAACUAUGAUGCAAAAGCAGGCAUGGAGGGCAAAGCAUCUGUAAUGAAGUCAACAGUUAUUAAUACCAGUAAAGAAUUUAUGGCAUUUAGCGAUUUUCCACCACCAAAAGAAUAUCCAAACUAUAUGCACAAUGCAAAACUAUUACAAUAUUUUCGAAUGUAUGCCGAACAUUUUAAAUUAACACCGUUUAUAAGGUUUAACCGACGUGUGAGGUUAGUUGAGCCAACAGAUGAUUAUUCUAAGACUGGUCAGUGGAUUAUUCAUAAUGAAAAUGCAACGAAGUCUGAAUUCGAUGCUGCAGCUGAUAUUGUCGACGCUGUCAUAUUAGCAACCGGACAUCAUGCAUUUCCGAGAUGGGCUAAAUUUCCUGGAUUAGAUCAUUUCAAUGGUAAGAAAUUGCAUAGCUGGCAGUAUAAGACUUUUCAUGAAUUUGAAAACAAAACCGUUUUAAUUGUGGGCAUCGGAAACUCAGCAGGUGAUAUGGCUGUUGAACUAAGUCGAGUAGCAAAACAGAUUCGUCUGUAUAAAUAUGUUUGGCCGUCACAUCUAACCCAUCCAACAUUAGCUGUACUUGGUUUAAUUCAACCAUGGGGAGCUAUAAACCCAAUGAGUGAAUUGCAAGCUCGAUGGGCUACACGUGUAUUCAAAGGUUUGAAUUCUUUACCGUCAAAAGAAGUCAUGGAAGAUGAUAUUGAUGAUAAACUAGAUGAAAUGACAAAACGCUAUGUCUCAUCACCGAGACAUACAGUUCAAGUAGAUCAUGUACCAUAUUGUGACGAAUUAGCAGCCGAAAUAUUUUGUAAACCAGACAUAUGGAAAUACUUAACGACAGACGUCAAACUUGGACUUAAAUUGAUUUUCGAUGGUUGCACACCUUAUCGAUAUCGUCUACAAGGGCCAAAUAAAUGGAAUGGUGCUCGAGAAGCUAUAAUGACCGUAAAUGAAAGGUAG